UGAGAACGAAGAUCAAGUGGAGGAAAGUGGCAUUAGAAGCGCCAGCGAGGUAUCGCAUGCUUCAGUCAUGGAGGCCGACCCGGAAACAGGAGUGGUCCGAGCCGUUCAGUCGGCUCCUCCGGGUCCAACUGGUCCUCCACCUAAAGCCGCCGUCUCACCGCACAAUGCCGAGCUGAUCGAUGAGCAGAAGCUAAAGGCGGACAAGGAGGCUGAUCAGAUGGACAAGGAGAUGCGCGACGUCGAGCUUGCUUCGGUAGAGCUGUUUCCGGAGAGCAGGCUAGUCAUUCUUCUCGCCUUGCUCUGCAUCCUCUGGAUUCUGUUUCUCAUCCUGAGCGCCGCGGUCAAGCACGGCGUCAGGCCCGGCUGUGACACUACGACCAGCGCUGGUGGAGGCUCCCACGACCACGACCACAGCACGGAGCCACCUACCGAGAGCGACGAAACGUCGCCUAGUGGCCCACCGGCUGGUCCCACCGGCAGUACGUCCCCUACCGGUCCUGUCGGACCUACAGGGUCCACACGCUCUACAGAAAAGCCGCUUAGUGACGUGUAUAUCUGCUAUACCGAGUACUGCAAAAAGGAAGGCGAGUACUUAGGAAGCCUGACAUCGAAGUCCUCCAAGCGGGCUUGUGAUGACUUCUACGAGUACGUAUGCGAGGCCUGGAAGAAGUACGCAACUCCGCUGCGCGACAAUCAGCCUGGCGCCGCUGUGUCCACUGACACCCUGCUACAAAGGGCCAUGGAGGACCGCUUGCUGGCGUACAUCAAGGAUCCAACGCACGCCGACGUGACACCGGCGCGCACAAUGCACGAGCUAUGUACGAACCAAGCCGACGCUGACGCGGUGCUUCUGAGUGCGAAAGAGUUGUUCCGCAGCUGGGGCUACGAAUGGCCCCGCACCGCCAGUUCUGGAGGCACACCGGAUGAUGUGUGGCGGUUCGCUGGCAAGCUGCUGAGAGUCCUCGGGGUUCCCUCGAUUGUGGGUGUCGAAAUCGGCCUGGAGCCGCGCGACCUGGACAAGACAAUCAUCGAGGUGGGACCCCCUAAGGGGACCAUCUUCUACGCCAAGGACGUCUCAAACCAUCGAGUCAUGGCACUUUUCACAGACGCAGUCAAGUCUGCCGUGCAAGAGCUCAUUCCCCAGGAUCCCGCUGCUGCCAACGCCGCUGGCACGGACGUGUCGAUCGCUCUUGCGGCACUCUCGCUGCUUCAUCUGGAUGACCUGGGAACUUCACCACUCGACUUCGAGGUCGAUAGUUUUGGGGCACUGGGGAAGGGCGUGCAGGCAUUCAUGGGCGUCGUAUUUGAGAAAGUGACAUCCUUUAGUGCCGGUACUCGAAUAAUGGUGCACCGGGGUCAACUGGUGCGACGUGACAUCGACAGUACCGUAAACAGCGCACCACCUCGAGCGAUGCUCAAUUACCUUGGUCUUCUCGCCCUGGUGUCACUGGCUCCGUUUCUGCCGGACCGGUUCACUCAACUACGCGCGCUUCACUCGGUGUACACUAUGGGUCGUGCCGAGGCCCCGACCACGGAGCGGCUUUGCCUUCGCGCUACGAUACAGGCGUACCCGGCAUGCAUCUUGGCAGCUUCUCAAAAGGUGCACAAGGACGUACAGCUGUCCCUGUGGCUGUCCCAGCUGGAGACACUUUUCGUUGGCUACGUGCGUGGCGUUUCUUGGAUGGACAACCUCACGUCGCUCUUCGUUCACUACAAGAUGCGCCACCACCGCUUCGAGAGGUUCUUUCCAGCCAAGACACUAGACGAAUGCAAGGAAGUCUCUACUCGAGGCACACCUAAGGCCAUGGAUGCUUUCGUAGGUGCGGUCAGUCUGCGGCAAACGGAGAUACUCAGUCAGUACGGCAAGAGCCUGCUCCCCGUCGGUCUGGCGUCACCAUUGUCCGUCUGGGCCCGGUAUCGGCUGUGCCUGCAGCUGAUUCAGAUACCCGUCGGGCUGGUCAACAGUUCGGUGCCCACGGAUGGCACGGUCUUCGCACUGCACCUGUCGCGCUUCGCGGUGCGCCUGUACGCGGGCCUGUCACAGCUGCUGUACGAAGGCACCGUGUACGAGCUGGAGAUUCCGCUGUACUUCACCGAGGAAGCGGAGCGCGCUUUUGACGAGGCGCUCGACUGCCUGCUCUGCGACGCGCGACGCCGUUUCCCCUACGGACUCGACGUUGACCGGGUGCGCAACGCCCUGCUCGAACAGGUCCUGGCCCUCCAGCUGGCGUUCAUGGCCUUCCGGAACCUGAUGGGCGUGCGUCGCAUCUGGCAUCGCGACUUCCAGUAUUCCACACUGUUGGGCGUCACGGCGGACCAGCUCUUUUUCCUCUACUACGCCCUGGACCACUGCGAGCUAAGCGACGAAGUCUAUGAGUCGCACCAGUUUGAGGCGCAUCGACGCCUGCCAGCCUCUGUACGCGUCAACAUGGCUCUGCGCCACUUCAUGCAUUUCGCGGACUCCUACGGUUGUGCGGCCCAUACGCCCAUGGCGGCCGGCGAACCCUGUCGCCUUCUCCGCUAGGGGCCGCCACCGUACUUUGAAAUUGUUGGCCGCACCACGUGUAUGCAUCGAACUGAAUGUGUGGCGCAGCUCGAUCUACGAACACUUUCAAGCUAGCGUUGAUAGAAAGGAAAUCAAGUUAUCUUGCGGACAUUUUUGUGAUUUUUACGUAAUUGAGCGGCGUAUACGUCACCUGAUGCUGAUGGUACGGUCACUUAAAAUGAAAUACUACCAGCGCGAAUGGUGAACGCUCUUUAUUUUCGACGCAUUGGUUGCCUUGUGGACGAUUCGACGUUUAUAGUGCCAUAAACUUUCUUUGUCAAGAAACGUUGUCUAAGUUCUAAACAGGGCGGCUGCAUUUUUUGCGUAAACUUCAGGUACACGUAGAUUUGUCCUUCUAACUUAAUGCAUUUCGUGAAAAGACGCACUUAGAAUUAUUCAUUAGAUUAAGACGCUUACGUUCGUAUUCUUGUGAACGUUUUCAUUUAACCGACAAGCAAUGAAAAUAUAGCAUAAAUCAAAUACCGUAGUUUCUUGUACAAAUAUUUUUUCUGUAUAGCAUAUGUUCUUUGUAUACAUUUUGUCUGUAUGUAAACUUAGUGUGUCAUGCGAUACAUAAGAAACAUGAAUUCAUUGCGCACCAUGUUAAUGGACAAAGAAGCCAUAUUGGAUGUCCCAUGUGCCUCAUAAAGAAUACUGUCCAGCUUUG